ACGCACAACUGAGGCCGGUCCACCCAUUUAUAAAAUACCGCCACUACAAGCGAUCACAAAUUCUCUCAUCUUUUGUUUUUCGCCUUGGUUUUUCUUCUUCAUUUUCUCCUUUCCUCGAUCAAAAACCUCAGCUCUCUUACCGCCAAAGGAGGAUCAUCUUUUCAGGUUUUGCGAUGGCAUCGAAGCGGAUCUUGAAGGAAUUGAAGGAUUUACAGAAGGAUCCUCCUACAUCUUGCAGCGCUGGUCCUGUUGCUGAAGACAUGUUCCAUUGGCAGGCAACAAUCAUGGGUCCACCAGACAGUCCUUAUGCUGGGGGUGUUUUCCUGGUGACCAUCCAUUUUCCUCCAGAUUAUCCCUUCAAGCCUCCCAAGGUGGCAUUUAGAACGAAAGUAUUCCACCCUAAUAUUAACAGCAAUGGGAGCAUUUGCCUAGACAUCUUAAAGGAACAGUGGAGUCCUGCGCUAACGAUAUCCAAGGUACUGUUAUCAAUCUGUUCUUUACUGACGGACCCAAACCCUGAUGAUCCAUUGGUGCCGGAGAUUGCUCACAUGUACAAAACCGACAAGAACAAGUACGAGACAACUGCAAGGAGCUGGACCCAGAAGUACGCCAUGGGCUAACGAGCAUUGUUGUGUGCAAGGGGAAACCCCCCCCCCUUUUUUUUUUUUUUCUUUUUUCGUAUAUUCUGGUUUUUAAAAAAGGUCUAUGCAUGAUGAAUGUUUGUUCUGUCAUUUGAAUCCUAAAAUGAACUUAAAAGGAGGUCAACAACCUGGCUUGAGUUUGAAAAAAGAAGAAGCAAUUGUUGCUUUUUCUAAUGUUGAAUGUAUGCAUAAACGUGAACUUUGGAACAGAGAAAUUUGUGUCCUAACUCUGAAAAUGUUAACAAUUCUCCUUAAUCAUAGUUAUAUAUUUGAUAAA